ACGACAGCAGGCAGAGGUGAAAAGUCUGGAUCAUGUUUUCAUUCCAGCGGAGGCAUACUUGAACGACAAAGGACAUUGUAAAUAAAGAUCAACGAGGCGGUUAGCAGAGCACGUCGAGGUUCUGUACAAAGACAACACAUUGAUGUUGUUGUUAGCCAACCAGCUAGCACAAGCUGAAAUUUGUUAGCUAGCUAACGGAGGACCCUGUUAGCUAACCGCCACCAUCAUCGCUCCUAGCCAGCUGUGCAUCGCCCUGUCUUCCUACGAUGGGAAACGCAGCAACUGCCAAGAAAGGCAAUGAGCAAGAAAGCGAGACUUUUGUGAAAGAGUUCUUAGCUAAAGCCAAAGAAGAUUUUUUAAGAAAAUGGGAGUGUCCACCACAGAGCACAACUGGCCUGGAUGACUUUGAUAGGUUCAAGACUCUGGGCACUGGCUCAUUCGGGCGAGUUAUGCUUGUCAAACAUAAAGAAACAAACCAGUUCUACGCCAUGAAGAUCUUGGACAAACAAAAAGUGGUGAAGUUGAAGCAGAUAGAACACACACUAAAUGAGAAGAGAAUACUACAGGCCGUCUCUUUCCCCUUCCUCGUCAGAUUGGAGUACGCUUUCAAGGACAACUCAAACCUCUACAUGGUGAUGGAAUAUGUGCCCGGUGGAGAGAUGUUCUCACACCUCAGACGUAUUGGAAGGUUCAGUGAACACCAUGCAAGAUUUUAUGCAGCUCAGAUAGUACUCACCUUUGAGUACCUUCACUCCUUAGACCUCAUCUACAGAGACCUGAAGCCUGAAAACCUGCUCAUAGAUCAACAUGGGUAUAUCCAGGUCACAGACUUUGGCUUUGCCAAAAGAGUAAAAGGCAGGACCUGGACAUUGUGUGGCACUCCUGAGUACCUGGCUCCAGAGAUCAUCCUCAGCAAGGGCUACAACAAAGCUGUGGACUGGUGGGCACUUGGAGUUCUCAUCUAUGAAAUGGCUGCUGGUUACCCUCCAUUUUUUGCUGAUCAGCCUAUCCAGAUCUAUGAAAAGAUUGUGUCUGGCAAGGUACGAUUCCCUUCUCACUUCAGCUCUGACCUGAAGGAUCUGCUGAGAAACCUGCUCCAGGUCGACCUGACGAAGAGAUUUGGCAACCUGAAGAAUGGUGUGAAUGACAUAAAAAAUCACAAGUGGUUCUCCACAACAGACUGGAUUGCCAUCUAUGAGAGAAAGGUUGAAGCCCCCUUCUUGCCAAAGUGCAGAGGACCAGGAGACACAAGCAACUUUGACGACUACGAGGAAGAGGACAUUCGUGUCUCACAAACAGAAAAGUGUGCAAAAGAGUUUGCUGAGUUCUAGUGAGUGGGCGAGAGUCCCAUCAGGGCUCACAUGUUUUGGGAUAUUUGCACUCUCCUGAGGGUUAAGGUGGAACUGAGGCCGUCACGUGUCCAAAAAACAAAUGCCUCGUUCCUUCAUUCCACACAGCUGAAUGAGGUCCUUCUUGCCAUGAUCCUGCGUGCAGUUAGCACUAACCUAUACACAGGCACAUUAUGCAGACACCCUUCGUGCUGCAACACAAAAAUACUAGACCACGUUAUCUUUUGUCUUUUUUUUAUGUUUGCCACCUUUGAAUAGCCUCCCUCCUUAUUUCAGUCAAAAUACUUAUUUGAAAAGCAACUUGUAAACAAAUAUGCCCAUUUUUAAACGACACAAAGAGUGACUGAUUGUAUUAGCUGGUGUUGCACAUGUUGUGAUUUAAGCUUUGGGAAGAUAGAAGGGAUUUUUUUUGUUAUAUUUCUAAUAUUGAGUUUUGCCAGUUGUCUGUUGUCUGUUACAUGCCUGAGUGUGUUUUAUGGUUCAGUGUAUUACUCAUUAAUCAUGAACACUUUAACCAUUAUUCAUCAUUCUGAUAUCCUUAAGACUUAGAACCGUGUAUUUGUGCAUAUAGAAUUAUACAUAUAUGAGGCAUAGGAUUUUCGAACACUUUGCGUUUUUAAAGCAUGACCAAAAUGUAAAAAAAAAAAAGGUGUUUAGUGAAGGAAAAGCAGCACUGAUGACUUAUUGAAGUUUCUGAAUUUGAGCACUCAGGCAUUUAGUUCUUGAAGAGAAGGAUUAACAGUGAAGAGUGUUAUUAUGGAGCAGAAACUUGUCUUUGCUGUAUUAAACUCAGUCAUAGCAUUGUUUUAUCCAUAUCUGGUCACACCUCAGACUUGGUAUGGUGUUAAAUAUAAGGAAUGAGAUAAUAUAUUUUUCAGGUACAACUCUGUUUCACAAGGAAGGAAAGGGUUUGUCACUCCACUCAGCAGCUCAUCUGUCUUUGGUAUGUCCAGAAAUGUAUGAAGUGCAUUGACAUGGCAUUUUUCAAUAGCCGAGAGGUCACUUUGUUCGAUUUUCUUGAGAGAACGUUGUUGUGGAUGCAAAGCAGUGUUGGUCAUAUGGGCAUAUUUUGUCCAGUUGUGGGUUGCUUUCAAAUUGUGCUUUAGCAGAGCACUCGGAAGACAUUGUUUAACUGCCAUAUUUGUUUUGUUUUGUUUUUUUUCUCAUUUUUACUUUUGCAUGUUUGUUACGUUUGUACAGCUGUGACACAUCAAGCUAAUAGUGCCCUGCAAGUGUUCCUACCUUUCUUUUUGUUGUGUUUUGUUACCUUUAAACAUUGGUGCAGUAGGUGUAGGCAAUUUUUAUCUGAGUGACAUAUUCCUCCGCAUAACCCCACGAAAGCGAAACCAUUAACCAUGAAAAAUUAACAAAACUGAAAUAUCAUAACCUGAAAGUAUUCAUUCAUCUUGGUCACCACUUGGUUGAAACAUAUACUUACCUCAACUAUAGCUUGUAGUCUAUUUGCAUUUUUUUUUUUAAUCAAUUUGUACACUGUGAUGGAGCAAUGUUUGCUCAUUCUUCCUCGCAAAAUUGCUCAGGCUGAGUCAGGUCAGUUAGAGAAAGUUAACAGAUAAAAAUGUUUUGGUCUUGUUACAUAUUUUCAAAGGGAGUAAGAUCAAGAGUUUGACUUUUGAAGAACAUUUUAUUUUUUCAUCGUAAAUCCCUUCUGUUAAGUUAUUGUCUACACAUAUUUAAUAGAGAAACAUAGGUUUUACAAGGUUUUUUUUUAAUACUGAGCACCAUUCACUUCCCAUUAAUUGUGACACAUUGCCUGUCCUUGCUGCUGAAAUGUGGUCUCCGCAAACUCCUCACUGGCGUGACAGGUUGACAUGUAUUCAGCAUGUGAUCCUAGAAUCUGUAUUUCAAAGGUUCAAUACCUACAACACCAAGGUGUCCACUUGUUGAUCUUUCAGAUGUCAGAAAAGACCUGAUUGCUCCUGUCUCUGUGAUCCUUUGAUUCCCUGUUGGGAAGUUUGUCUCUGCCGUCCACACGGAGGUCAGAGUUUGAGGUCAUUUCUGCAGGUCGGACACUCAGGGCUGUGGGUAAAUUAAAGUUUUACAUGUUUCGUCCUGUUGGAAACAAUAACACAUUGCUGACAGUCUUUCCAAUCAACAUCUCUUAAGUCUUCUGAAGUUUCGAUCAUUAUUUGACAUGGUGCUCAAGUGUUUGUAGAUGAGAACAAUGCAAUUUAAUCAAGUUCAACAAUCUUAGACGACCAAAUGUGAAAAAGGUUUGGUGACUGAAUGCUUUUUUUAAAGGUACUGAUGUACUGUAUAUUGAUAUUGGCUAUGCCUGAAUUUAAACUUUUUUGUUCAUAUAUUGAGCACAUGACAUGACAUUUUAUUUUGCCCUGAUUUCAUUUCAAAAGGCACAACCGUUUCUUAUGCUGUUUUUAUUUAUAUUAGAGAUGUCUAAUAAAGUUGCAUUUUAAAUGUUUAAACUUGCAUAGUUCUCGGUAUAUAUGAGGAGACACCAACUGUUUUAUUCACAAAAGUGUUAUAAACAGUGAGUAUAUUGGAUUAUUUAUUUGUUCCAGUUUUUUUUCAUUUGCCCUUAUUGAAAAUAAAACAUUUAUAGAAAUUAUAAUAUUUACCACAGUUAACACACAUUGAUGCCUCUCAUGCCUAUUUAAAAUUGUAGCUUUUUAAUUUAACUUAUUUUAUAACCUUUUUUUGUUUCAUUUCUUUCCUUAGGAAAAUAACUUUAUUUAAGGGGACCCAACAUAAUUUUCCCAGUUUGAAGGGUGACCAGAAUGUAAUUGCAGAAUUAACGACUUUUUUUUUUUUUUAUUUGGACAAACUUUGAAGACUACACCUGGGAUUCAGCAUGUUUCAAUCCAAACUGCCUGUGUGUAAAUCUUCCCAUAAAAAUGUGUAGGAAAUCCACAGCUCUUCUUAUGUGUCAUUUAUCCCUCAUGUGUGUAAUAAUGUUUGUCAUAUUUGAUGUAAAUGAUGGCACUUUUCCCUGAGCCACCUCACACUCCAGACUGAAGGAAAUCAGUUUAUGAGUUCUUCGUAGCUAGUCACACAUGCCAGUAUGGGAUCAAUAAUCUGAAAUGUGUCUGUAUUUAGUUUGUGGGAUAUUUUGCACAUAAUUUAGAAGGCUGACACGUUUUUUUCCCACCCAUAUUUACUUGUGUUUGCAAGGGGAAUAUAGUACUUUGCUGUAGCAGAUUUUAUGUAACAAAGGAUAUGUCACUAUAAUAAAUUCUUUUUAUUAAAAACUA